AUGGGAUGGGGGGGGGGAAUUGAAAUUAGGGUUGGGGUUGGUAGGGGGGGGGGUGGGAGAGGUGGGGGGUUAUGGGGGGGGGGUGGAGGGGGGUGGAGAUUUGGAAUAUGGGGGUGUUAUUUGGUUAGGGUUGGAGAGGGGGGUGUUUUGGGAGUGUUUUGUGGGGGUGGUGUAGGGGGGUGGUUGGAGUGGGGUGGGGUUUUGGGAUUUGGUGAUUUGGGGGGGUGGGGGGGUGGGAUAUUGUUGGUUUGUGGGUUUGGGUGGGGUGGUGUAGGGGGGUGGGGUUGGGGGGGGUGGGUGGAUUGGUGGGUGUGGGUGGUGGUGGGUGUGGGUGUUGGGGGGGUGGGGUGUAUUUGGGGGGUGUGGGGGGGGGGGGUAUGGGGUGUGGGAGGUGGGGGGGGGGGUGGGUGA